AUGGCGGCCUCCCACCACCUACUCGUCUUGCUCGUUGUGGCGCUCGCCGCCAGCGGCAGCAACGGUGCCAUCGCGGCGGCGGGCAACGACGGCGAUGUGCAGCUGCGGAAGGUAGCCCUGUCACAGGCCAUCGAGGUCCUUUCCCGCUACCGCCCGGAGACCACGGAUGCCGAGACCCUGAAGCGGGCCGUAGCGGCGGUGAACCGGGAGGCACAGCGGUACUGGAAGCCCAUCUUCAAUAACGUCAACAAGGUGAUGCACAGCGGCGCCGACGACUGCACCAAGGAGGAGGCGUUUGCCGCGGCCAAGGCGCAGCUCAACCGCGAGCUCGGCCAAGGCCCGGAUGCCAUCAAGAUGGACUUCGAGUACGUGUGACCUGCGUGCAGAGAUGACACAUCGCCACCUCUGUUUUUUUUUUUGUUUUUUUUUUCCUUCGGCCUUAGCGUGCCCUGUCCCUGUCUGUGGUGUUGUUAGUCCUGCUGCUCCCUGUGGCCUGUCACACUUUACUGAGCCUUCGAUUUCCUUGUCGACGCCUGUUGUGAUUGUGCUUGCCUGUAGCCUAGCCUUCAUGUCUUUUCUACCAAUUAUUCCAUGCAACAAACAUGAGUGCUAGUUGUGU